UUUGUUUGUUUGUUUUGUUUUUUAUUUCCUUGCGUUGGGCUUUGCGUUUCUCUGGUCCCUCCUUGAUCAGCUUAAUAACAGACCUCUUGGAUUCCCCCCUCCCCCCUCCCAGGUAAAUCAGGGAUUUCUUCAUGGUUUGCAUCCGUUGCUGGUGAACUAGUGUGACUUUUUGGGGAGUGUUGAAGAGACUUAUUUUGUCAUAUUACUAGGAUUGGUUUUCUGGUUCCUUCUUAUUUUGGUAGGCUCUGUCAGAGGGAAGGUUUAGGGCUGAAGGCUGUUGUUCAGAUUCUUUUGUCCUACAGGGUAUUCCCUUGACAUAGCACUCUCUCCCGUUUCCUGUGGGUGUGACUUCCUGUGAGCCAAACUACUUGAUUGUUGUCUCUUUUCUGAGUCUAGCCACCCAGCGAUUCUGCCUGGCUCUGGGUACUGGGAGUUGUCUGCCCAGAAUUCUGUGAUGUGAACCAUCUAUGGGUCUCUCAGCUGUGGAUACCAAUGCCUGUUCUGGUGGAGGUGGCAGAAGGUACAGUGGACUCUCUGAGGGGUCCAUAGUUUUGGUGGUUUAAUGCUCUAUUUUUGUGCUGGUUGGCCUCUUGCCAGGAAGUGGUACUUUGCAGAAAGCAUCAGCUGUAGUAGUGUGGAGAGGGACCACUGGUAGGUGGGGCCCUAGAACUCCCAAGAUUGUAUGUCCUUUGUUUUCCACUACCAGGGUGGGUAGGGAAGGACCAUUGGGUGGGGGUCAGGCAUGUCUGAGCUCAGACUCUCCUUGGUGGGUCCUGUAGUGGCUGCUGUGAGGGAUGGGGUGAGAUUCCCAGGUCACUGGAGUUGUGUACUUAGGGCAAUUAUGGCUGCCUCUGCUGAGUCAUGCAGGUUGUCAGGGAAGUGGGGGAAAGCCGGCAGUCACAGGCCUCACCCAGCUUCUACACAAACAGAAGGGCCAAAUCUCACUCUCACUGUGCCCCCUCACCAGCAGCCCUGAGUUUGUUUCCAGGGGGAGGGCAAGACAGGCUUGAAAAUCUGCCCCAGGCUACCCGCCUCCCAGCUGCAAACUAAAAGGGCCUUUGGAGUCUGCACAUGGGAUUUGCGUCCUCCCCCACACCAAGUUCUGGCCAGGAGGCUUCUCACCCCAUUCAAAAUUGUCACAGAAUUCAGCUAGAGAAUUCCUUCUCCCUGUGGGGUUUUACCCCCUGCUCCUCAGGCCACCCUCCAGAUGUGUCCCUGUGGUGCCAGGCAGGAAUGGGAUGCUUGGAGACCCAGCAAGCUCCCAGGGCCUUUCUGCUGCUCCCUCUACCCCUGUAUUUCACCUGCCUGUCCAUAUUGAGUCAACUCCAGGUAAAGUCAGAAACUUGUCCCGCAAAUAGACCUUCAGCUUCCCCAGUGGAGGUGAGUGUUCAGAAGAGGGUCUGCCUUUCCCACUUCCGCAGUUGGGGCACUCACAGUAUUUGCAGCGUCUCCCGGGUCCUGCAAGAGCAGUGCACUUCCUUCAGAGGGUCUGAGAUUGCUGGUUUGUUCUUGCAGUUGAUCUGGAGCUAAAAUUCACAAUGUGAGCCUCUGCAGCUCUAAUCCAGGCCUAUCUCCCAUCGCCAUGCUGAUCUCUCCCACUCAAUCAGUUUCCUGGGUCUUGAUCUAAAAUGUGCAUCAGGGAAGCUCACUGACUAAGUAAAUAAAGAGAUUCUAUAAAAGAAACUUUAAUGCAUUCAUCAAGAUUUCCUGCAAGGUCACAUAUUACAGGUAAACAGUUUAGAUUUUUGUUUGUGAUUUGGAAACCUAGCAUGAGUAACUCCAUUUUGAGUUUCUCUGUUGGGUGUAGUGCAGCAACCAAGUCUAAAUCAGUGGCUUUUCAUAAUUUUAUUUAAUAAUGCUAUAUGAUCAAAGCUACAGGUAGGAAAAAUAGUGGUUCUAAAUGUUAUGAAACAAAGAGAAUAUAAACAAAUGGGCUAAGUGUUCAAUCCAGAAAGGCAGGAAGAAGUUAGCAAAAAUGCAGAAAGGAGUUGAUACUGAAGUGGAAAAUGAUGAAGUUGAUCAUGGUUCUUCUGAAAAAAAGAAAAUACAAUUGACAACUUAUAUCAAAGACUGUUAUUUAUAAAAAUUAGUAAAACAGUUGUUGAUUGGCACAUCUAACCCUGAGAAAAUAUUUACACAUAUUCAAGACAGAAUGAAAAAGGUGAUAAAAACCACAGUGAUACAUAAAAGUAGCAUAUUAAAUUUGAAAAUCAAAAUGACAUUUUUGACUUUCUCAAAAUAUAGUAAAUUGUCUUAAGACAUGUGGACAUAUAAGUGUGAAAGAAAUUCCCAAAUAAUCGUAGCCAACAAGGCACUAGAAAUAGAUGGCUUUAGAAGCUACAUACAAGAAAUAGAAUAUUCCUAUACUAUUUAAGCUACUAUAAGAUGACAAGUAUGGGAAACUUCACAUUCUUUCUGUAAGUGAAACCUAACUGCUGUGGAUAUAGAACUGCCCAAUAAUAUUGAAAUGCUGAAUGUGUCUGGAUACCAAAAGCACAGAAACAAUACAAGAGAAAAUAAUUUUAGACCAGUUACAAGUAAAAUUGAAGAUGUAGAACUUCUAAAAAAAUGUUAGCAAAUCAAACCCAGGAGUGACUAGAACAUGGAACCAACUACUGUUUAUUCCUAGAUUAUAGAGAAAUUGAAUACUUAGAAGUUUAUUACUUUUAUUUGCUGUAUUAGGUGAAAAAAUAUCUUGAAGGAUGAUGAAAACUAUUUGAUAAAAUUUAAUAUCCAUUCCUAAUUUAAAAAAUAGAACCCUAAGAAACUAAAAGUAGGUAAAUAUUUUGUGUGCAAAAUAAAGUAUUAAUAGUAAACAUCAUAUUAAUGGUGAAAUGUUAGAGCAUAUAUUGUCAGUAGUUCUUGAGCGGACAAAAUAAAUCUUGACAUAUAAAAUAAAGAUAUAUAGUGUAUAAUACAGAUAGUAUAUUUAUGGUAUUAUUCAUAAAAUUUAGAGCAAUUAGGGAAAGAAACUUAAAAGACUCUUGGGGGCACUAAUGACAAACAAUUUGGGAAACACUGCUCUAGAGCAUUCCUUAUUAGUUACAGAUAAGACAGAGAUGCUUGCUAGUACCACUUUUACUCAGCAGUGUUUUGAAAAGGUCAGCAAACUCAAUGCCAGUUAAAUAAAUGGCAUAAACCUUAAAGAGUAAGAGCCAUAAUUACAGUACAUGAAGAUAGUAAGAUUUUCUACAUAAGAAACAUUAAAAGAUCAAUUGAAAAAUGAUUUCAGGAGAGAGAUUCAGUAACUUGACUGAUUUCAAGAUAUUGUAUGUUAUGUGAAGUUCCCAAGAACAGAGCUGAAUAAUUUAUUGACAGUCAUAAAAAAAUGGUUUGAAUAAGUGAGAGGAUUUAAUGUUGUAGAUAUUUUAAGUAUCCUGAAAUUAUCUUGCAAUUGAUGCAUUUCAUACAUUCAUUUAACAAAUGUGUUGAAAACCAGUUGCAUGCCAGAUACUGUUCUAAAUGUUGGGUGUACAUCGGUGUAUGGAACAGGUAAGAACUCCUUUCCUCUAACUUACAUUAUUGUGGUUAGAGCUAGACAGUAAACAGAGAAGUGUAAGUAUGUAAUAUGUGAGGGUGGUGACAGUUCCCAUCAAAAUUCCAGGAAGAUUAUUUUUAGACGCUGACAAAAUAUUUUAAAGUUCAUAUGGAGCAGUAUCUGUGAGAGAAUGAGAGAAGUUCUGAUAGAUUGUCCUAUUCAAUACUGAAAUAUAAUAUAGAAUUCAAAUCACUGGUACAGGUGCAAGAUAGGGCAGUGGGAGAAAAUAUAGAGAGGGUCAGGAAACAUUCAGGAGAAAAGGAGAAUUUUUGUCUAAAAUAAAAUUGAGAUUUCAGAUUAGUGGAAAAGUGAAUUUAGUGAAUUGUGUGUAUCAGCUGGGUAUUCAGUACUCCAAAAAAGAUUUCAACUAGUCAAACAACUAAGUCAUAAAAACAGAUAACAUUUAAAGUACCAGAAACAGGACUUUGUAAGCAUGACCCUAGAAGUAGCAGAGAAAAGGUCAGUAUAACAUAAAAAGAUUCAAUAUUUCCCAAGGGCAAAGAGCACCAAAAACGAUGUGAAAAGUCACAUGAUAAACUGAGGAAGAUAUUUACAGUACAUGUAAUGGACAGAGGGUUGAUGUUCUUGCUAGAGAUCUUAAAAUAAAAUAAAAAAAUAAACUUAAUAAAAAGAUGCAAGGGACAUAAAAUGGAAUUUACACACAGUGCAAGUUGAAAUCUUUUUUUUUUUUUUUUUUUUUUUUUUUGGCCUGGCAGAGUGCUACAGAUAAAACAGAUUGCUAAUACUCAAUGUUGCUUGUGGACUGGAGUGUUCAUGCAGCUUUCUGCAGGCCAGUUUGAGAAUAUUUAUUAGGAUUUUAAAUGUGCCUUCAUUGAGCAGCACUUCACCUCCGAAUUUAAUGCAAGAAAAUAAUUGGGUAAAUAGGCAAAACUAUUUUGUACAAAAAUGUUCAUUUUUUUAUAAUAGCAAAAAAUUGGAAAUCAUCUAAAUUGUCAUUUGUGUUAUAACUCUAUACAUUGGAAAACUGAUCAGCCAUGAAAAUGAUGUAUGUUUCACCAACAUGGAAAGAUGCCUGUUACAUAUUUUAUGUGUGAAGAUGAGGUUGUAAAAUAUGUGCCUAGUAUGCUAUAAUUUCAUAAGACAUGUGGCACUGUAUCUUCAUAUAUGCCGAUUGAUGAAGAUGGUAUCAGUGUAUAUACCAAAGAGAUUAAAAAUGGUUAUCUGAGUGAUGAUUUUGUCUUCACAGUGUUUAGAAUACUAAAAAGUUUCUGCAGUGGAAUGCCUACUCUUUUAAAAACCAGAGUUGAAAGAGGGAAGCCUUUUUUGAGAGGGUUGGAGGAAAGGUAAGAAAGGGCGUGGGGAUGCCCUUUUGUGGCCCCAGGCCUAGGGCCGCGGAAUCCAGAACAGAACCCGGAACCUGAGUGCCUGCCCUGUUGAGGGCCGUAGGGAGGGCAGCGCAGCGAACCCAAGCGGACCGGAAGGGAGCGUGACGUGUGGCAUCCUCCUCAGAGAGCCCAGCGUUGCCUUCGCCAACAUCAUGAAGUUUCGUGCCAAGAUCAUCGGCAAGGGCUCUCUAGACCUGUUCAUCCAAGUCAGCAGCACCGUGGCGAGGCUGGUGAAGGUCUGCGUGCUCCGCGUGUGCCCCGACAGGAUGUGUUUCGGCUCCGCAGGCUCAGGCGGCCUUCAGGAGGCCAGGCUGUGGUGCGAGGUGCAGCAGCGGGCCUUCCAGCAGUUUCGCAUGGAAGGUGUCUCGGAAGAACUCAAUGAGAUCCAUUUGGAGCUGAUGGCGGAGCACCUGUCCAGGGCAGCGAGAAGCGCGGUGGGCGCGUCCUCCCUGAAGCUGCAGCUUACCCACAAGCGCUGCCCCUGCCUCACCGUGGUGGUGGAGCUGGCCUCACCUCUGGGCCGUGUUCGCAGCGUGAUGCACGAUCUGCCCGUGCGGGUGCUUCCCAGAAGAGUGUGGCGAGACUGCCUGCCGCCCAGCCUGAGCGCCUCGGAUGUGAGCAUCUACCUGCCGCGCUGGAGGACGCUGAGGAGCAUCGUGGAGAGGAUGGUGAACGUGGGCGAUCACGUGCUGCUGGAAGCAAACCUCAGUGGCAAGAUGACCCUGAGUAUAGAGACGGAGGUGGUGUCUAUUAAAAGUUAUUUUAAAAAUCUUGGAAACCCUCCAAAGUCGGCUGUUGGUGUGCCUCAAAACAGAGACCUGGAGAGCAUGGUGCAAGUGCGGGUAGAUAAUCGUAAGCUUCUGCAGUUUUUGGAGGGACAGCAAAUAAAUCCUCCGACGGCUUUAUGCAAUAUUUGGGACAAUGCUCUUCUUCAUCUUGUUUUGGUUCAAGAAGAUGUCUCUCUUCAGUAUUUCAUUCCUGCCUUGUAAAAAUUCAGCCAGCUUAGAUUUGUUUUUUAAACUUAAGAACUUUUCAAAACUGAAACAGACCGAGUUAAUUGGUUUGAAAGUUUGUACCUUCUCUGACUUAAUGCUAGGCGUAUAUUUUAUUGAGCCCUUCCUCCUUUGCAAAAUUUAUAUUAAAGCAUUGAUAAAACAGUUGGGUAGUUUAUCUUUUUGUUUUUUGACUUUGUCAGUUUUUUUCAUGCUUAACACUCUAACAAAAAAAUUAUUCUUCAACUCUUUGUUGGGGGAGGGGGAAGAAGGUUGUAAUGAAAUAAAUAUUUUUGAAUACUGAAACAGUUGCCUCAGUAUUUUUCUUAUAAAAUGCUACUGUGUAAAGCAGGAACGUUCUCCUUUAAAAAUAUGUAUAAACGUUUUCCUUUAGAGAAUCACUUUCCGUGGCAGCUAUAGACAUAGAAAAUUUAUUUCUGAAAUAAGAUUUGCAAGACAAAAUUACUCCAUGAUCCAUGGACUGCGGAAUGGAUAUUGUUAGCAGUCAUGAAAACUUUCAUUUCCUUUUGUAUCUCCACCAGAACUCUUGGGUGACCAGGUGCAUUGUCAAUAAGCAGUAAUAUCCUGAAAGAAAUCUUUUUUUCUAAGGAUUAGGUUUAAACAAUGAGCUUACAUUAUGCAAUAAAAACUAUGCUGUAAACAGAUGUGCUGUCAUCUAGGCUUUGUUGUUCUAUUGAUAGAACACAGGCAGAGUAGAUUUAUCAUAAUUCUUCAGAGCCCUAGGAUUUUCAGAAUGGUAAGUGAGCGUUGGCUUCAACUGAAAGUCACCAGCUACAUUAGCCCCUAACAACAGAGUCAGCCUGUCCUUGAAGCUUUGAAGCCAGGAAUUGACUUCUCCUCUCUAGCUAUGAAAGUCCUAGAUGGCAUCUUCUUCCAAUUGAAGGCUGUUUGUCUUCAUUGAAAUCUGUUGUUGAGUGAUCUUAUAAUAGCUAGAUAUUCUGGAUAACUUGCUGCAGCUUCCGCAUAAGUACUUGCUGUUUCACCUUGCAUUUUUAUGGUCAGGAAAUAGCUUCUUUCCGUAAACCUUAUGAACUAUCCUCUAACUCAGCCUUUUCUUCUGCAGUUUCCUCACUUCUCUAAGCCUUUAUAGCAUUGAAGAAAGUUAGGGCUUUACACUGGGUUAGGUUUUGGCUUAAGGGAAUAUUGUGGUUUGUUUGAUCUUCGAUCUAGACCACUUACACUUUCUCCAUAUCAGCAGUAAGGCCGUUUUGUUUCUUAUCAUUCAUGUGUUCACUGGAGGUGCACUUUGAAUUUCUAUCAAUAACUUUUCCUUUGUGUUCACAACUUGGCUGUUUGCCACACGAAGGGCUGGCUUUAGGCUGUCACAUCAUUCGACAUGGCUUCCUUACUAAGCUGACUCAUUCCUAGCUUUUGAUAUAAAGUGAGAGAUUUGAAACUCCUGCUUUCACUUGAGCACUUAGAGGCCAUUGUAGGGUUAUGAGUUGACCUACUUUUAAUAUUGUUAUAUUUUAGGGAAUAGGGAGACCUGAGGAGAGGGAGGGAGAAUGCUGGUUGGUGGAGCAGUCACACACACAUUUAUCAAUUGAGUUCCCUGUCUCAUAUGAGCAUGGUUUGUGGUGUCCCAAAAUAGUUAAAAUAGUAACAUCAAAGAACACUGAUCACAGAUCACCAUGACAGAUAUAAUGAUAAUGAGUAAGUU